UUGCAGGGUGGCGGGGUUUGUAGGACAGGGAAAGAAGAGGCAGGUGAGGAGGGAGAGACAGACUUUCAAGGGAAGCAAAUAGAGAACAGACAAAGAGAACCUUCCAUGCGAGAGCCUUGGGACAUGUAGCUGGAAGUGAGACAACUGGCUUGGUUUUUAUUUUAUUUUUUUUAAAUAUGUUUUAGUGCUGCUGUCUUUUUUUCUUCACAUUUCGUUACUUCUAGGGAAAAAAAAAAAAAAAGAAGCUUCCUUCUGUUCUCUCCGCUCCCUCCUCUAGCCCCCCACCCCGCCACUGAAUUUUGCCCAGGACAAAGACACAAACCCAGAAAUCAUAUCCGCUGAACUCUUCAUAGAAGGCUGAGUAAGGAGAAGGAAGUCCGUCCCGGGGUAGGGCGGAGUUUGUGGCGAAUACAGAGGCUCCCCGUAGCGGAGCGCUGCUGAGCAUUUGCCCGGCCACUAUGCUGUCGCCGUGCCUAGCCUUCUUGCUGCUGCUCCCAGGGCUUUCUGAGGGAUGGCAAGGAGAGACGGCUUCCCAGGAGCCCCUCACCUUCCAAUGCCAUGUUAUCUCCUCUUUCCCCAAUAACAGCUGGGUUCAGAACCUGGGCUCAGGCUGGCUCGGGGAUCUGGAAACCCACAGGUGGAACCCGCAGAAUAGCACCAUUCUCUUCCUGUGGCCCUGGGCUCGGGCUCAUUUCAAUGCAGAGCGCUGGGACUGGCUGCAGACAGUCAUAAAGGUCUUCCUGCUCAGUUUUACACGGGAUGUGCAAGACUUUGCUAAGUUCUUCGGGGAGAUAUACCCUUUUGUGAUCCAGAUGAGAGUAAGCUGCUUCCAAAAAUCCCCAGUGAGCUUUUUCCAGGUGGCAUUUCAGGGAAAAGACUUCAUGAGCUUCCAAGGAGAUUCAUGGGAGCCUGCUCCAGGGGCUGAAAGUAUAUCCCAGAAUAUCUCCAGCAUUCUUAACCAGGACCAGGGUACCCGGUUUAUGUUACAGAGUUUACUCAAUGGCACCCUUCCCCAGUUCCUUGAUGGCCUUCUAGACGCAGGACGGAGAUACAUUGGACGGCAAGUUAGGCCAGAAGUCUGGUUAUCAAGUAGUCCCACCCCUGUUCCAGGGCAGCUGAAGCUACUUUGUCAUGUCUCAGGAUUCUACCCAAAGUUGGUGAGGGUGACUUGGAUGAAGAAUGGACAGGAGCAACCAGGAACUCAGACAGGUGACCUCCUGCCAAAUUCAGAUGGGACAUGGUAUCUUCAAGUUAUUCUCAUUGUGGAAGCUGGAGAAACAGCCAGUCUGGCUUGCAGAGUAGAACACAGUAGUCUCGAUGGCCAGGACAUCAUCAGAUACUGGGCCAAAAGCUCUACAUGGCCCUUGGCUCUGGGAAUCUCAGCUGUGAUUGUAGUGGUGAUAGCUUUGUUAUUAUUUGGAGUCAUCUGGUGGAGGAAUAAACGUAGGUCAUAUGAAGACAUUUUGUGACACUCUUCUUCCACUAUCUUUCUCCCAUUGGAGUCACAGCCCUGGAAUCCGAGAAACUCAGCUCUGUUUAACCCAGGAGUCAUAGCAGUCUGGAAUAUUUUGUCUUCUUAUUGGUCUGUUUCUCCCAGUUGGUAUUUGUAAUGUGUGAGUUCUCAAAGAUAUAAAAAUUGACUUUCCUUCCUCCUUAACUUUGGCUGUGAACACCAUUUUCUGUGAACUCCCCCAAGUACAAUGGAGGGGGAAUGUUAACUGGACAUUAUCUUUAUUUUACCCAUUUUGUGUUCCUGGCACUACGCUAGACAUGAGAAUACAUAAGAAGAAAAUAGGGUCCUUGCCUCUGAAGAGCUUGAAUCUCAAAGAAGGCUGACUGUUGGGGUCUCCUCACCCCUGGUGGCCCUUGACCGGCAAGGACCUGUCUCGGCACGCAAUGAUGAGGCGGGAGUCAAGAUGGAAGAGACUCUGAUUUAUUGGGAGAAAUCAUCCAUUUUUGCAGGGUUUGUACUAUGUGAGCAUAAGCAAGUGGCCAAUGGGUGUGAGGAUGACAGCAUGGGAAAGAACAGAAAUGGUACAGUGGGAAAGGAUAGAACUGUUGCAGUACGGGUAUACUGUUGCAAUUUGUUUCAGUCUGGGUAUCGGUAUGGGCAUGGGAAGGAUCUGGAUUGUUGCAAUGUAUGGUGCACUAUGGUAUCUACACGGGUAUGGGAAAGAUCAGGAUUGUUGUGAGGCGAUAUCUGUAAGGGUAUGGGAGUGAGGAGGGAUGUUGCGCUAUGGUAUCUACGAGGGCAUGGGAAUGCUCGAGCAUGUUGCAUGAUGGUAUCAGAGCCAUGUGAGCUACGUAAGCCACAAGGCAGGAUGUCCCUGUAAAGUAUCAAAGAUGUUCCAGUAAGUAACAUAACAAAGCACUGCGUUAGGCAAUGGUUCAAGUGCAUUAGGUAAUGGCCAACUGGGUCCCUCCUUCUGGGCUCGUGUGUCUCUCGUGGACAGGCUCUGCCUGUAUGUAUGGGACGACUACAAGGGCUUCCCAAGGGUGGAGGCCCUUCCUCCGGGUGCCUGCUGUUCCACUCCUACUAAGCCUGUCUGGUUUACCCAGGAAACAGGCCAAGUGCUAGGGUCCCAACAGCCCUGGGGUCGGCAACAACCCCUUAUAAUUCCCCCUUUUUGUUUUUGCAACUCGGCAUCUCCCGGAGGAGGCGAGUGCUCACCAUGCAGUCUCCAGAUAUCAUGCUUUAGAGCCGUAAAGGAAGAUGUCAUUGCCCUUAGGACCUGACGCAGAAGGCAAGGUAUCAGAAACAAAAGAAGGACUAUGCAACCAAUGCCUAUGGCAACGCUGAUCAAUGUAUGCUCCAGCCAUUCCCAAGGAGACCAGGGGAGCCGGAAGAAUUUAAGGAAAUCUUUAGAAAAUUUAUCGGGGGGCAGGUCCCAGUGGUUAGCCUCGCUGAUGGAAGUGGCAAGCUCAUAGAGGUCCGUGAUAUCUAAGGACACAUUGGCAUGCCAGAGCCCAUUUAACUGGUUUUUGAUCUUAUCCCAGCCCCAUUCUGUAGCAUAGUGUGUUUUGGGUUUUAACUGUUGGUUAAGUUCUCCAGUGUUCUAAUGCUCUAUGGUCUUGUGUCUCGAACCCUAAGGAGACAUUAUGCAUAAGGUCCUGGAGAGCAUGAGCUUGGAUGAUCUGAUUUUGAGCAUGGGAUGCGGACAGGGCAAGGGAAGUGGAUGGGAGACAGAGGGAUACAAGAAAGGAUAUGCCCACAAUCAUGCAGGUACUUCAAUAUUCCACAUAAUCCCCCCUUUUUUCUUUUGCAAAUACCUCACCAAUAUAGGUACACCUGCAUUUUUUCCUUGUUAGUACACAUGGGAGGGAGUGAUCACCGCAUUGACAAAUCAAAGGGGGCAGUCCCCUUUGUGAAUACAGAUACAUAGAGUCAAAAAAGAAAUAAACAUGCAAGCAUCUCUAUUUAAGUUCCUUCUUAUGCAGCUGUCUGGCAGAGGACCUCGUCAAUGACAUCUCCUGGUCCUUGGUACCUGUUCCAGUCAUCUCAGCACAGUGUCUUCUUCUUUUCUUCUUGCAGGAACCAGCUUUCUGUCCAUUCUCCUACAAGAGUGAUCUUAGCACAAUGUUAAAGUACCAUCCCUAAUCUUUAUGUUCCUUUGAUGGCAUUUACAAAAUAAACCACAAAAUAUUCUUCUUAUUA